UAAACUGUAACUAUUUUUUAAUUACCAGUUGUAAAUCAGGUUAUUUCUGAUCCUGAAAGAUUCAAAAGAAAGAGAAAAGGCCCUUUAAAGUUUGGUGAUAAGUUUGCUAGUAUUUCUUAGUUUUCAUCAGAAGGUUUCUACUCCAAUGAUUAAUAUUCACGUAAAGAAAAUUGUAAACAGAGGCUAACAUUUUACAUUGCUUAGUUUUACAUAUAUUGACACAAGGAAUAGAACAAAAAGCAAGAUUCAGAAAAGGUUGUCUUUCUUUGGAAGGCAAGUGCAAAAAGUCAGACAAAGACCUCAAAAAGUCAAGCCUGUUGAGUGAACCCUUCUGCUAGCUAUACAUAAACAAACAAAUAACUACGCUUCAAUCCCAAGUAAGUUAUGAUUGGCUAUAUAAAUCCUCACUGUCCAUAUCGCUCCAUUUAAACACAUCUUAGUCCAAUAGUGCCUAGGUGAGCACAUCUCAAUGUAUUAGGAUACAUCGUAAAUUUGAUUCUUUUUAUGCUGACUAUCAACCUACCGCUACGCUCCUUUAUCUGGACUUGAGACCGACAAUAUGAGCAAGUUCACACAAGCGAAGUUAUUCUGCUAGCUAUCCAUGAACAUAUGAAAUACAAGUCACCUAGAAAAGGACAGCUUAUGCUUCCUUCCACAUUUUGCUUUAAGCUAUGAGUUCCAUUUUUUAGCUUUGCAGACAAUAUCUUCUCAUGCUUCAAACAUCAAUAUACCCUUCUUAUAAGAGAAGCAACCUAGUUCUUGACAACAAAUGACUUCUAUUCAUAACCUUCACCCUUCUCUCCUUUCUCUGCUUCCAUUUUGACAGACAAUGGUAGACAAAAACAUUAUCGCGGCCGAUUGCAUAGUCUUAUGUUGCUGCUGCCAAUGCUUGAUCCUGCAAAUCAUCAUCUUAUUCUUGCUUAACCUCCCAUGCAAACUGUUUAAGAAAACAAAAGGAUAUGUAAAGAAAUUGAGAGAUCGACGUCGGAACAAGAAAACUAUGAAGAUUGAGCAUAGAAGAUAUGAAGAUGAAAUCUUGAAAGAUCAUGGAGGAUCUUUGAGGGUUGAGUUUGAAAAUUUAUGUUGUAUGGAAGAAGUUGAAAAGGUUUUGGAAGAGUUUUCUCAAAAGGGUGAAUUUGCUUUUGGUAGUUUUUGGGGUGGGAAUGAAGAGGAGGUUUUAGAGACAAAGUGCAUCUCAACAUGUAUAAGAAAACAAACAGUUGAUUAUGAUGUUUUUCAUACUCAUUUGAUACAAAUCUUUGGAUCUUUCAAUUUGCAAUGACACUCUUACAUG